UACGGUAUAAUAUAAAGAAAUAUACACUCGGACUACAGUUUGCCCUGACCUUAUGGGUUAGAAUUCUGUUAGGGGGCUGCCGAUGGGUUCGUGCAACAGAAACAUUUUUUGACGCAUACCCCGUAUUUUUCUCCAAAUAUAUUAAUGACUUAUGCAGCAAUUAUUCUUAACCAUGAAAUUUCUGAAAUCUUUCUUGGCACAUAUCUUUCUGUUUCGUUGUAAAGGGAACAAGUUAUUCUGAAGUAUUAUAUUGUAGUAAUUCUUUGCUAAUGACUUGUAUAACCUUAAAGGAUUGGUAUUUUAGGCAAUCCUCGUCAGAUGCGCAGAGAUCUGAUAUAGAUUUUAGAAGAUGGUUCAAAGCUAGAGAAGAUACUAAGGGGAACCAAAUUCACUUAGAUCUCUUACAUAAUCAUCACAUUCCUGAUCCAUUUAUUGAUGAUAAUGAGAAAAAGGUACAAUGGGUUGGUGCAAGCAAUUGGGAAUAUAGAACUUCUUUUGAUAUUGAGAACUAUGAUUCUGAAGAAGAAUAUUAUUUGGUAUUUGAAGGUUUGGAUACAUUUGCUACAAUUAGUCUAAAUUACAGUAGCUUAUUGGUGUCAGACAAUCUGUUUAGAACGUAUAUUAUAAACGUUACAGAAUACGUUCAACCAAAAGAUAACGAAUUGCGUAUAAAGUUCAAGAGUCCUUUACAGGAAUCCAGGAAAAUCGAAGUAAAAAAUGGUAAAUAUGUAUGUUGGAAUGGUGAAACUUCGAGGUUACAUGUGAGAAAACCACAAUAUCAAUUUGGAUGGGACUGGGGCCCCUUACUUUUGACUUGUGGUCCAUGGAGACCUGUUAAGUUUGUUAGUGGGGUCUUAGUUAAAGACUUUUUCAUUCGUUACGAAUUGAGUAAAUUCUUGAACAGAGCUGAUAUUUCAGUAGAAGUAAAUUUAUCAUUGCCUAAAAACUAUACUCCAUCUACUAUUGUUGUUAAGAUAUUUGAUUCACAGAACAAUCUUAUUGAUACAAUUUUAUCUCAUACUGUUAAAUCAAAUAUCACAGUACAUUGCAGUAUUAGAAACCCUCAUCUUUGGUAUCCAAGAAAUUAUGGGGAUCAGUAUCAAUAUAGGUUUGAAUUGUUUAUUGAUGAAGAAAAAUUGAAUGAGAAACUUGUUGGGUUUAGAAAAGUAGAAUUGAUUCAAGAUGAUGAUCAUUUAGGACAGUCGUUUUACUUUAAAAUCAAUAAUGAGCCUGUAUUCAUAAAAGGUUCUAAUUGGAUUCCUGCUAAUUCAUUCACUUCACAAUUGAAAUAUCAGGAUUACUAUGAAUGGAUGGAUUUAUUGAUUAAAGGAAACCAGAAUUUAAUACGUAUAUGGGGUGGAGGUAUAUAUGAAGAUGAUGAUCUUUAUAGUAUCUGCGAUUCUAAGGGUAUAUUAAUCUGGCAAGACUUUAUGUUUGCUUGUGGUAUGUAUCCAGCUUAUCAUUCUUUUGUUUCAAAUGUGAAGCAAGAAAUUAAUGAUCAGUUGACUAGAUUAAGACAAUACAGCUCGAUUAUAGUUUUUGUAGGAAAUAAUGAAGAUUAUCAGAUAGCUGAAUCCUUGAAAAUUAAAUAUAAUCAUCAUAACUAUAGUACAUUUCCUGCUAGAAAAUUUUAUGAAGAUAUAUUCCCUCAUUUAGUAAAGAAAAUGACUAAUGGUGUCCCUUAUGAAUGUGGAUCUCCUUAUUCGGGGCACGAAUAUUUGGUUGGUGAUAGAACAAGAGGGGACAUUCAUCAAUGGAAUGUUUGGCAUGGAACACAAGAGCCAUAUCAAACAUGGGACAAAUUAGGUGGAAGAUUGGUUUCUGAAUUCGGAAUGCUUGCUUUACCAAACUUCAGAACCUUAGACAAUGCCGUUCUGGAUAAAUCUCAAUUAUACCCCCAAUCUUACCUUAUGGAUCACCACAACAAGUCAGUUGGAUUUGAAAGAAGAUUAGCCCUCUAUGUGAUGGAAAAUUUUGCACUUCCGUUAAAUUUUACAUUAAAGAAUUGGAUAUAUAUCACUCAAUUGAUGCAGCUGGACUGUCUCUCAUUGGCCUAUAGAUAUUGGAGAAGAUUGUGGUUGAAGUACGAGUGUGGAGGAGCUAUAGUAUGGCAAUUAAAUGACUGUUGGCCUGUGACAAGUUGGUCGAUAAUAGAUUUUAAUAAAGUCCCCAAGUUGGCAUAUUAUGCCAUUAAACGUGAAUGUGCAUCAAUUGGAAUUGGUUGCUAUAGAAACUUAAAGAGGAUUGGUGAUCCUGAUGAACCAGAAGACUUAUCGAAGCAAACCCCACUUCAUGAUUAUGUUAAACUGAAUGAAGUUUCACUUGAUAUAUGGGGGUUCAGUGAUGAGUUCUUCGACAGUUUAAGUUUAGAAAUAGACUUAUACAAUACCAAUGGAGAUUUUGUCACAAAAUUGACCCAUAAUGACUUAAAGUUAUAUGGAAUGAAUACAAUUCAAACGUUUGUCACUAAGUUAGCUGACACCUAUAUUACAGAAGAUAUUAUCAUACAUAUUAUAUUAAGAGAUAGAGAUGGUAAUAUUAUAGGAAGAACCAGUGAUUGGCCUAGACCAAUGAAAUACAUAAACUGGCAAAAUUGGUACAAAGAUCUCAAAUUAGAUACAAUUUUAAUUGAGCCAGGAAAAAUUAAAAUAAGCACAAAUAAGCCUGUCAAGUGUUUGGAAUUGUAUUUUGAAGAUGACUUGACUUACGAAUAUUCCGACAACGGAUUCGACAUAUUCCCAAAUGAUGAUCAAAUUAUUGAAGUCAAAGGUGUGGAUGAAGAAUCACUAGUAAAUCUUAAAUUCAAUCACUUAUAAGUAGCUAAUUCCAAAUCCAAUUCCACUUUUACUUUCAAUUGAUUUUGAAUUCCACUUUGAGGAUUACAAGCGCAUUUAUCCCCCAACAUAUGAAAUGGUAUUUUUUGCAACUUCAAUACUCUUGAGUAUGUUCAUGUUUCAUUUUAUAUAAUUUGCCCAUAAAUCUAUGCUGAGUGGUGACACACUACAGCAUGGCGCCUUUCAAGGGCACGAUAUCUCUAGUUAAAAUAAUGAAUUGUUAAAAUUUUCAAAGCCUUAAUGCACGGCACCAGAGUUAAAGUUUUUGUAGAAAGGGUAGGUAUUUGUACAAUUAUGUAUAUAUGGGUUCAUUUUUGAAAAGUUCGACUUUGUGAAAGCGCCAAUCUCUUACUUAUUUGGGGCAUG